AUCAUUUAAAUAGUUUGGAAUCCGAAUCACCACCAAUUGUUGCUCCAAUCUGCUGGAUAUAUAAACACCCCAGCAACUACUACACAUUUAAAUCCACUUGUAUUCAAAGUGGCUUACAGGUGUGACUGUAAAAGCAUUCACGUCGCCCAAUCAAAAUAUAGUUUUCCAUAAACAUCUUGAAUAGAAGGUGGCGUAUUAAAUCAGGGUAAGUCUCCCAGUGUUAGGCCUUAGUCCAGGGUUUAGGAGUCAGGGUUCGACUAGCUUAGUCUAGCCUACAGUAGUAGACGAUGGCUACAAGACGCCUAACCUUGAGUAUAUGUGAACAACGCUUUGUGAACAGUAAUUCAUUUUCCUUUACACUUGGGGCUUAGGUAUCAGGGAGGUUGGAGCUGGCUGAGGCCCAACCCUGGCUCUCGCAGAAUAGUGCCCGGCGAGACGUGAAUUACAACUCGGAUGGAAUGUAGGAAAAGAAGACAAAUAAAUGAAUCACCCCGGGGGAACCAGUCUGACAGGGUUGCCACGUUGGACAGGCUUGCUGCCUGCCCACAGACCCAGCAGCAGAAGCUCGACACCGACGACAAACUCUGUGAAACGCGGAUCUGUGUACUGCUAGGAUGGCGUCGACCGGCCCUUAAUUGAUCAGGAUCCAUUCAUUGAAACGCCUGCGCGUGGCGGACUGCGACCUGUCUGCGUUGCCAGGGUAACUGGAUGGAGAAGCGGUGGGAUGAGUUAAAGAAGGCACCAAGAGACGAGGCAGUGAGCAGUAUAAAUCAACUUGAAGAGCCACCUGAUCGCGCCUUCUGGCUCCUGACCUGGAGGGAAAGCUGUCCAUCGCGGCGAAGCUGGUGCGCUGUAGCACUAGUAUGUGUGAUGUGGUCUUUCUGCCAGGUGAAGGCGCCAUUGCACCCUUCUCUCGGACUGGCCGAAGUGGCGUGGAGGAUACUGUGCUCCGGAUGCCUUUUAGCAGGCCUGGGAGGUUGUGCCAUGCUCUUAAAGAAGAGCCUGGGGCGCAGUGGAAAGGCGAUGGGGCUUUGCUCAGAAUCGGUGGCAGAUCAGAAAAACACACAUUUUUCGUGGGUCUCGAAGGAGCCGUCCCUACCAGGCGGAGGAGUCUCCCUGGCCCGGGCCCUUACAGACAGCCUGCUGCUCUGUGUUCUCCAGGAGUCCCUCUCCCACCCCACCCUGCCCCACGUAGAGGCUCUCCUGGCCAGGCUCAAGAGGGUGUCCCGGGCCCUUCAGGGGGCUGAAGGUCUCCCAGCGGCCGGGUCGGACUGUGAGGCCCUCGCGCUGGUAGAGAGAGUGAAGGCCCUCAACACAUACCUGCAUCAGAGGACAAGGACGCUUGGCGGUCUGGUACGGGCGCAGGGGGAGUUUGAGGCGGACGUGGAGGGCCUGCUGGGGGGUCUGGAGCUCCUCUGGACCCAGCUGGAGGAGCUCCACACCAGGGUCACGCUCACCAAGGACUGGAGCCAGGGCCAGGGGGAUCUGGCCAGCACCAAGGCUGAGGCAGAGGUACCCAUCGGGGACCGUGGAACGGGGCGGGAGGGAGGGGCGGGGGGGGAGGUUGAGAUCCCUGUUGAGUUCUGUUUAAAGAUUGUGUUGGUUUAUCACAGGCAGAAGGCCCUGAGAGACAUUGAAAUAUAG